AUGGACUUGGAGGUCAGUGAACCGAUAGACUUGAGUUCUGGAGAUCAUCAGUAUCUGGUUCAGAAAGCAGCAGAUCUCCAGUCUGAACCUAGUCGAUGCUAUGUAUCUUUCCCUUCUACUAGGCCACAAGAAACUCAAAGGAGUCCACAGACGAAGGCCAGGGAGCCACCGAAUGUCUAUGUGAUUCAAAUUUCAGAUGAGACCAUCCCAAAUGAGAGCAAUACAACUUUAACCAAUCCAUUCUCAGAGGCAUCUGUCCGCAGAGCUUUCAUUGUAAAAGUAUUCCUCAUCCUGUCAACUCAGUUGUUGGUCACUGCGGCAAUUAUCAGCAUGUUUGUAUUCUGGGACGCUUUAAGAGCUUGGGUGCUUGCAAACCCCUGGUUCACCUAUGCACUCUUCCCAGGAUUUUUUGUUAUACUUAUCAUACUUGCGUGCUGUGGGGAUAUCCGCCGCAAAGUGCCUGCAAAUUACAUUCUCCUGGGAUUCUUUACAGUCCUUGAAGGUCUGCUGCUAGGAGCCGUAACCAUUUUCUAUAAAGCUGACGAAGUGUUGUGGGCCGCGGCAGCAACCGCAACGGUGACGCUGGCACUCACUUUAUUUGCUCUACAAACAAAAUGGGAUUUUACCUUGCUAAAUGGAGUGCUGUUCGUUUUCCUCUUCGUGCUUAUGGUCUAUGGAAUUAUCUCAAUAUUCAUACGCUCAUAUUGGGUGCAUCUAUUGUAUGCUGGCCUUGGAACUGUGGUAUUCUCACUUUACUUGGUGAUGGACGUGCAGCUUAUGGUGGGAGGACACCAUCAUUAUUCCCUGGACCCUGAAGAGUAUGUUUUUGCUGCCCUGAACAUCUACCUGGACAUCAUCAACCUUUUCAUUUUUAUUUUGCAACUGAUUGGACUGGCCCGGUAG